AAAUGUUCCUUAACCGCCUGAUGAGGACGACCUGCCUGGGCGGCGACAGGGAGAGCAGUCGGGACGACAUGCUGCACAAGGAGCCGGUGCUGCUGAACGUGUACGACCUGGUCACCAUCAACAACUACACGAUUGCGCUGGGCGUGGGCUUCUUCCACUCGGGAGUCCAGCUGUACGGGCGGGAGUACGGAUUUGGGGGGCACGAGUUCCCGAUAUCCGGCAUCUUCGAGAUCGAGCCCUGCAAUGCCCAGGAGGAGCUGGGCGAGAACUUCCGCUACCGGGAGAGCAUUCUGCUGGGCUACACGCACUUCAGCUGCGCGGACGUGGGGCGCAUCAUCGACCAGCUGGGCCUCCAGUUUCCCGGUAACAGCUACCAUCUGACCAGCAAGAACUGCAACCACUUCUCCAACUGCCUGGCACACCUCGUCUGUGGCCGCAAGAUUCCCGGCUGGGUGAACCGACUGGCCUACCUCAUUACCUGCGUGCCGUUCCUGGAGCGCUGUGUGGUCUCCCGGCCGUCGAAUUACCCCAACUACCGUCGUUUCCAUGAGUCCCAGCAGCGCUAAGUUCAGUUUAACGCCCG